AUGGUCGAGUCCGACGUGGCGCAGCGCUGGGGGUUCCUGGCCCCGUGGUGCCAAGUUCUGCAGCGUAAUGUGCACUACACCGUCUUCAAGUGCGAGGGGACGGGCAAGGAGAGCUGGGAGAGCAAGACGCGCGCCCUCCAUGUGACGCUGCCCAAGCGCACCGACUAUCUGCGUCCGCAACUGCAGCACGAGGGCACGUAUCAGCUCGAAUUGGUCGAAGUACGCGAAGCUCUGGCCGUUCUAGCGGCUGUGGCGCAUGUGGACCACUUUGCGUGGAAGUGGCUACUGGUGACUCAGUGUCAACUGAACUGGUGGAAACAAGGGGAAGAGAAUUUCCCAGAGCAUCUCCCUGCGCGUUUCGUGCUCAAGUUGGAGGACCAUUCGAAAGUAACUGCCGAUCUGGUCAAGCUCUGCGGUGUCAACCAGCGGGAGCAGCCCAGCGUCGAGUAUGUGGAGACAAUGAAGAGGGUCUCAGAGAUAGCGGGACACUUAAGUCCGGACAGUCCGGGAGUGGACGUGGAGGUGCCUAUUCGAGUGGCUUUCGGCCCUGGACAGGGGGACAAGAUAGUGGAAGGAUACCAGGAACAGCUGCUGAAGGGGUUGACGGGCGUGGCACGGGCGGAGAAGGCGAUUCGCCGCGAGUGGGAGCGCUUUCUCAAGUCGGAAGGCAGCAAGGAAGUCGCUCGAGGCUCCAUCAGAUGCACCUUUGCGCUCGAGCCAAUGAUUGCCGAUGUUCAAGUUGCUCAGAGCAUCGCCAAGACCGCUGGAACACUGGAGCGACUGUUGUUUAACAACGUCUGGUUCUCGCUUCUGUCCGUGCGAGCCAAGUGUGCUGAAGGAGACCAGUCGGACUCGCUCAUUGCGUUCCGUCAGAUGAUGAUCGCAGUGUUCGACGGAGCGCGACGUGGACCGGAGUUGUCGAACACAAAGUACCGGUCUCGUACCGGUUCAGUGAAGCCACUUCAACUGGGUUCGCUGGUGCUGCACAACGAUGUCGCGUUGGACCCUUUGGAGACGGAAGCCUUGUUCUCUGCCGCAGUACUGAACCAGACGACGCAGAAGUUGUCGGUGUGGGUGGAUCUCAUGAGUCACGACCAACCGAAGACCACGUUUUGGUGGAAAUGGCUGGCGUACGGAUGCUUCUCCAAGCGAGCACGGGCUCACUCUGCGCUGCAGUCGCUCGAUCUCGGCCACGUCGGUAGUAUCAGUGUGUCCGAUGUCGAGACUUUCUUGGCCAUCGUGGACUCGGAACACCCAGAGGAGCUCUUGUUCGACUGUCCUCGAGGCUCCAUGGAGGGUCGAGAAGCCACAUUAAAGGACGGCGCAAUGGUGCAGUACGACAUCACUGCCAACGCUCAGCCACGCAGUCUGACGUUCACAUCGUGCAGAUUCCUGUUACACACGUUCGGUGACGAUGGGGCCAGCGAGUGGGUCAACGCGAUCGUUCCAGGCUUUGGUCGGUGCCGUGUGCGUCGUAGCGACUUGGUGCUCAAGCCAGUGCGAUCUCCAGGCCACAAGCGUCCGGCUUUAACGUCGUUGACGCUGAGACUAAACGCGACCGCGAUUUCGAACGGACUGCCUCGCUUCUUGGCAGCCAUUGGACCGUCGCUUCAGUACCUGACGAUCAAAAACCCGGGGGAGACAGUGGACCCGAGUGUGGUCCUUCGAUGCUGCCCGAACCUGCGAGAGUUAACCUUGAACCGAGGACUGAUGGAUGUGCAGUUCAAGUUCAACGCCGGUGUUCCGUGUCAGCUGUUUUCUACGCUGCGUCUGGACUGGGACAAUGUGGCCGGACUCGCCACGACCUUGAGCAACACAAGUAACCCUCUGGUGAACGACUUCGAGCUCCAACUCGUGCGUCGCAGCUUGGAGACUCUUCUGGUCAUGCUCAAUGCCAACAAGUACCUCGAAUACCUGGAAGUUAGCGUGCCGUCCGAGCACCAGAACUACUUGGCUGGCUUCAUCCGACACCACCACGAAGUCAUCGGCCACAAACUCAACGUGGAACCUAAAAUUGCCUUGUUGAGUGUUGUUCCGAACCAGCUCAAGAAUUCGAACAAGAAACACUGCACGCCCUCCGGACCGCGACGUCUGAUGCGAGAUAUGGACCACGAAACGUUUGCCAAGAUCUUCGCGUUUGCAGCGGAACCUGUGACUCGUCGGCCGUGCCACGUGUCAGAAGCCAUCGCGCGAACGUUUCCGCGCGCUUUUCCCGCGAAGGUUAAUCGCCCGUCACUAGAAGAUCGCAACGCGACACUGACCCUUGGAAGUGCACUCCGCAAACAAUGUCUGACGAUGCAGCCCCUGCACGACGCCAUGGGCGAGACCAAGAAAUCAAGCGUCCAAGCGGAAAAAGAGUCGGGCACAGCGAGUGACAAGGCCGGAGAAAGCGUCGCGGAGACUUUGUCUCUGCCACCAAGCUAUGAAGGCAUUGUGGUGACCAGGACCAAGGCGUGGAUGUGCACGCCCAAGGCAUUCCCUACGACGCUAAGAGUUAAUUUCUACGAGCCACUCCACCAGCAGCGAUAUCGGGCAGAAAUAAAAAAUGUGUGGAAGGACAAGUUGCUAGCGUAUUUGGAGAUUUGGCAUUCAGAAAGUGGAGCCAAGGAGUCAUUCCCGAAAGAAAUAAUUAAGAGGUGGGUUAGCGAACCUGCGCAGCCCGACGGCUCAAGCUGCGGUCUUAAGAUUUUUGGAAUGAUAUACGCGUUCGUGCGUAACGCCCACAGGUUCAAGCGUCAUCGUAUCACGGAGGCGUACACACGAGUUAUGAGAUUGAGACUUGCGCGGCUACUGUUGUGCACAACAAAGAGGGCUACGCCUAGUGAAGAGAACAUCAAGAAAAUGCAGGAAACAGAUGAAGCAAUUAGCAAGGUUAUGUCAGCAAAAUGAGCAAGAACUCAACAGGCAGCAGUGAGAUCAUAAUC